AUGUCGUACUCGUCGAGACCGAUCGCUUCACAUUUGCGUCAAGGCUCGACAACGAACUCUUCGGGUCCCUCACCAGUGUUGUUAGCCAGAAUAAACGAAAAGAAGGCAGAAUUGGAAAAUCUUAAGCAGCUGCGGGAUCUAAGUGCGGGACUAGCAGGUCAGAUGCAAAUGCUCGAGGAGAAGCUUGGAACGCUUUCGGAUGGAACUGAAGCUGUCGCAACCGUGUUGGGCAAUUGGCAUAAUGUCCUCCAAGCGAUUAGUAUGGCAUCAAUGAAAAUACCCAAACCAAAGGACAGCGAGGACCACAUGCCGGAAAGUAAAGCGAAAGACGAAAUAGAGCUUCCACAAACGCUGGUCAGAAUACCUACGGAGCAUGCGCCGAUGUUGAAGCAACAGACAGAGGGGAACGAAGAAUGA